AUGAGUGAACACGAAUGUUUUCUAAAUUCAGAAGAGUUAUCAGCUGGAGGUUUAGAAGUUAAACACGUUUUAACUACAUAUGCAGAUGUUUGUGCAAAAAUAAAAGAACAUGAAAUGCUGUACACAGUGCAUUACGUUGUAGCUUUCAAAAAAAAUAUGGAAAAAAAUAUUGAAGACAUUAUGAAGAAAAAUCACAAGGUAUAUUUUGAGCAUAAAGAUUAUCCCUACACAGGGAUACCCUUCAUUAUUUCAUCAUGUUGUACUCUUGACUGCCAACAAGGAAAAGAUAAAAAUUGUGCAUCAAAAUCUAAAAACAGAAUGAAAAAAAACCUAGAAGCUGCAACAGAUCAUUCUUGCCAGAAAAAGCGAAUAUUUUUGCAGGAUACCAAGAAAUUUGAUUGUCUCGCCAACAUUACUAUAAAAGAAAUAAUAGAAUUCCCUGAUUUUAAGCUAGAAAGAGAUUCUUUAUAUCUAAGAAGAGAAGCUUCAAAGAAACUGCACUAA